AUGGCAUUCGGUACCGCAUUCAGCUUCGGCCUCAUCGCUCUGGUUGCCUUUCUGGCUGGCCCAAUAGGCCAUUUCGUGCAUAUUACAGGAUACUUCCUCACUCCCAAUCCGACAGCAUUAGGCGAAGGCCAAGGCCCAAUUUAUAUCGAGGAUACUAUUCACUGUGAGGAUGUGCACUACUACAGCCCAGCAAACCUGCUGUUCACUGCCUGCGAGGACGACAAGAGUACACGGUUGAGCUGGUUCCCGCCGCUGGGCCACAUGCUGCCACUCACAGCCCAAGGCUCUAUCCAUGUGGUGGAUCCCAAGACUAUGAAAUCAACUCGUCUGGCAUUCGAGAACUUCCAAGGUCCCUUCGUGACACAUGGAAUCGAUGUCAUCGAGGAUCCCGAACAGUCAAACGCAGUCUAUAUCUACGCCGUCAACCACUUGUCCAACCCGGCAUACGUUGAAGCCGAUGAGCCCAAAGACCUCCCCAAAGCCAAGUCUCAGAUCGAGCUCUUCCACCACAUCCUAAACUCCGAUUCCAUCAGACAUGUCCGCUCAAUCAACCACCCGCUCAUACAAACACCAAACGACAUCUAUGCCAUCAGCCCGGCCUCCUUCUACGUCACCAACGACCACUUCUACCGUGAAGGUCCCAAACGACUCAUCGAAGACGUCUGGCGUUCAGCCAAGUGGUCCAGCAUCAUCCACGUGCAGAUCGCCGACCUAGCAAGCAAAGACGCUCCCAUCGAAGCCUCCGCCGCACUGACAGGUCUAUGGAACAACAAUGGUCUCGGACACGGCCGCACCGAUAAUGAAGUCAUUAUUUCUAGCGCUAUGGGCGGCGAGAUGUUCCUCGCUACUCGACACGAGUCCAACCACUCUAUCUCCAUCGAUACCUCCGUCUCUUUUAGCUCUCUCGCCGAUAACCCGUCUUACUACCAUGAUCCGUAUGCCACCGACUUGCAUGAUGCGAGCGGAUUCCUUGUCGCCGGUGUCUCACAGGCUAUUCAUCUCAUGGCUAAUUCGAAGGAUCCGAAUGCUUUGAAUGCUAUUCAGGUGUGGUAUGCCACUCUUGAUUCUCGUACUGGCGUCUGGGAGAAGAAGGUGCUGUUUGAGGAUGAUGGGUCUAGACUUCGGACUGCCAGUGCAGCUGUUUUGGUGCCAAUUGAGCCUAAGGCUGGUAAGAAGCUUGCUUGGCUCUUUGUGACUGGGUUUAUGUCGGAGAGUAUGGUGGCGGUACAGGUUGAGCUGUAG